AUGACUUCUUCGCGGUUCUCGAAUGGCGAGACCAUUGUUGUCAUCGAAACCUCUGUCCGUGACGCCGACGUCUUCGUCAUUCAGACAGCAGCAGAUCCUGUCAACGACAUGCUGAUUGAGCUGUUGAUCACCAUCAGCGCCUGCAAGAUUGCGUCCGCCAGGAGAAUCACGGCGGUGCUUCCAUGUUUCCCGUACUCGAGGCAGGACAAGAAGGAUCGGAGCCGAGCUCCCAUCACCGCAAAGCUCGUGGCCAACAUGCUCGAGACUGCCGGCUGCAGCCACGUUAUCACCAUGGACUUGCACGCGUCACAAAUCCAGGGGUUCUUCAACAUCCCUGUGGACAAUCUCUACGCCGAGACGGUGAUAGUGGAUUACAUCCGACAAAACAUGCCCCUGGAGAACGUGGUCAUCGUCUCUCCUGAUGCUGGCGGAGCCAAACGCCGCAUGAUUCUGGUCGGAUCGGUCGUUGGGAAGACGGCCAUUAUUGUCGAUGACAUAGCAGACACAUGCGGCACCUUGAUCCUGGCGUCAGAAGUCCUGAAGAAGCACGGCGCCGAGAGCUGCCGUGCGGUUGUCGUACACGGCUUUCUUUCGGGGCCUGCGGUCGACAGGAUCGAGCAGAGUUCCCUGGAGACGCUUGUGGUCGCCAACACCCUUCCCCUAUCCUCAAUGGCUCAGAAAUGCCCCAAAAUUCAUUCGAUCGAUGUCAGCGGCAUCAUCGCAGAAGCGAUAAGAAGGACAUACAACGGCGAAUCGUAA